AUGGCAACUGACAAUGAUGUGAAGCAUUUCACGAUCAAACAUUAUGCGGGUAGUGUCGAUUACAACAUCGACUCAUGGGUGGAGAAGAAUCGUGACGUCGUCGAGAACGCCGUGUUGGAGGUGAUGAGCGAAUCUACAGUGCCGUUGAUAAGGUGCCUAUUUCCACCUGUGUCUACGGAUGUGACAAGAUCACGACGGGGAACAUUAUGCCAGUCAACAGUGACGUUCAUCUAUAAGAAUCAACUUCUCAGUCUUCUGGAGAUGUUGUCAUCCACAUCUGCUCAUUUUAUUCGAUGUGUAGUACCAAACUAUGAACGGGUACCGAACAAAGUCGAUGGGCCAUUAGUGAUAAAUCAACUAAGAUGCAACGGUGUCUUAGAAGGAAUUCGAAUUUGUCGUGCAGGCUAUCCAUCUCGUCUCCUGUUCGCAGACUUCGUUACAAGAUAUAAUAUGCUCGUUAAAGGAGCACCCAAAACAGGUAGUGGUGCAGCUGAGAUCUGUGCAUCGGCUGCUAUUGCUGAGUCGCGUUAUGAGAUUGGCAAGACAAAAAUUUUCUGUAAAAUUGGUGUUAUAUCGGAAGACUAUCUUGAGAAGAAGUGCCCGGCCAACCACGGAAAUACCAUCCACUCGGAAAUUCUGCCUGGUUUACCACACAAUUUUUGA